AUGAUUUCUGCGCUAUUCUCCACAAUGGCAUUCUUCAGCAACUUGCGCUUGUUCGAAGCGCAGGGCAUCACAUUCACAACUGCGUCGAUCGACGCACUCUCUUCCCUUUCCGCAUUCUCCCUCGAGCUCAACCACUGCUCAUUACUGCCCCGCCUUUCAAGUUUUCUGUCCGAAUUCCCCGCGGUCAAACUCCCCGUUGUCGACCUCACCCUUGAGAAAAACGGCAGUAGUCGCUGGAGCUAUCCUGGGCGCUGGCUAGCGGUAAUGUCACCGCACGUAUUGCAGGGGCUCUUCAUCCACGACAGGUCUGAGCUGGAGCAGGCCGAAAUUUCCAGAUUCCCGGUCUUCCCUCAUGUGACGCGACUGAAGUUGCCGCUCGACCCUGCAGACCUAGAUGUCAUCCCUUCCCUGCUUGCAACCGCGUUUCCGAGUGUACAAUCACUUGAUAUCGAUUGCGAAGACAGGCGGACUGCGGACUCGGAGAUCUCACACUAUUCCCCGGGACUCCUCUUCCCUCACCUGACGGAGCUGCAGAGCCCCGCAGAAGCGGCAGGCUUUUUUCUCCCGCUGGCCCGACCAAAACGCCUUACGUUGCACUAUUCCGAUGCGGCGCCGCUGCUCCACUCACUCGCCACUCUCCCCCGCGGUCGCCUCGCCCGAACCACACACCUGCAACUGUCGCUGGACGACUGGGCGUCCGGCACCCUGGUGACAGAGAUUUUGAAUCACUUUCCGGCCAUGGAGUCGCUCAAGCUGGAGCUAACAGUGAACGACGACAACGCGACGGGAUCGAUACUUGCGCUCGUAAUGGCGCUCCCGUCGUUCCUCCCGCCUGCGCUCCGCUCCCUCUGGCUGCACGCGGAUGUCUCGGGCGGCUGGGAGAACGACGAGGUGGAUAACGCGGGCAUCCCUGACACCCGCGUCCUGCAUGCACGGCUGGUGGCGCGGUGCCCCGCCCUCCGGGCUGUGGACAUUAAUGUCCCGCUCUUCCGUCUUAAGUGGUCUGAGAGCACCGGAUUCGAGAAGGAGCUCAUGGGCUGGAAGGAUUACGUCUAUGUCGAUGAGCGCGACCUAUAA